AGACAUGCCCUGCAGCAGCUACUCUGCCUUUUGUUGUUCCCACCCUUUUGUCAUCUUCAUCGUCUUCUUCCCUUUCUUUUGAUUUCUUUUUUCUCGUUCGUGCUCCUUUGGUAUAUAUUAUGUACUGUUCUUGGCAUUAGAGAAAUGGGUUUUUGAUUUUAGCUAAAAAGGGGGAAUCUUUUCUUCUUUUUUUUUAUCCUUUCCAUUUUUAAUUUCUUUGUUCGGGGAAAUGGCGGGUUGUCAUCGGAAUCUUGAAGAACCGAGCAUAGAUACGGAUAAGCUGAGUUACGAGAUCUUUUCAAUCCUCGAGAGCAAGUUCUUGUUUGGGUAUGAUGAUCAGAAGCAUUGGAUUCCGGAGGAGAAGAACGAGGUUGUUUCCAGGUCUCCGGAGGUCGACGGGAACGAGGAUUUGCAGGCAAUCAAGAACCAGAGGGGGAAAAUUUGUAUCUUGGCGAUUGACGGCGGCGGAAUGAGGGGAAUCAUCUCCGGCAAGGCGCUGGCGUAUUUGGAGCAGGCGCUGAAGGUGAAAUCCGGCAACCCAGAUGCCCGAAUUGCAGAUUAUUUCGACGUGGCUGCCGGCUCCGGCGUCGGGGGAAUUUUUGCUGCUAUGCUCUUCGCGACCAAGGACGGGAGCCGGCCGAUUUUCUCCGCCGACGACACGUGGAGGUUUUUGGCGGAGAAGGGGAAGAAACUGUACCCCAAGAAGGGGUCGAGCUCCGGCACCGGCGGUUUGGUCAGGCGAGUGCUCCGAGGCGGCGGCGAAGGGACCGUUUCCGCUACCGGGAGGCUGGAGAAGGCGAUGAAAGAGGCUUUUUCCGACGAGAGGACCGGUCGGAGCUUGACCCUGAAGGACACGAUGAAGCCCGUUCUGAUCCCCUGUUACGACCUAUCUAGCACGGCGGCGUUCAUAUUCUCACGCGCCGACGCGCUGGAGACAGACAGCUACGACUUCCGGCUAUGGGAGGUGUGCCGGGCCACAUCGGCGGUCCCAGGGGUGUUCGAGCCGGUUUGCAUGAAAUCCGUAGACGGGUCGACCCGGUGCUUGGCGGUGGACGGAGGGCUGGCGAUGAGCAACCCGGCGGCGGCGGCCAUCACCCACGUCCUCCACAACAAGCAGGAGUUCCCUUUCGUGAGAGGGGUGGAGGACAUUUUGGUACUUUCCCUCGGCACAGGUCAGCUUUUGGAAGGGAGCUUUGACUAUGAAAAAGUCAAAGGGUGGAAGGCCAAGCAAUGGGCUAUACCCAUGGCCCGAAUCUCCGGCGACGGCUCGGCCGACCUCGUGGACCACGUCGUCGCCAUGUCCUUUGGCCUGUGGCGCACCUCCAACUACGUCCGUGUUCAGGCAAAUGGACACAGCGCAUCAGGUAGUUGUGGGGUGAACGUGGACACGGACCCGAGUCCAAACAACGUGAAGAGGCUGGUGGGGAUAGCGGACGAGAUGCUGAAACAGAAGAGUGUGGAGUCGGUGCUGUUCGGUGGGAAGAGGAUCGGGGAGCAGAGCAAUUUGGAGAAGCUGGACUGGUUCGCGGGCGAAUUGGUUCUCGAACACCAGAGGAGGAGUCUCAGGAUUGCUCCCACUGUGGCAUUCAAGCAGCCCAAUCAACACCCAUCAUCUCCACUGAUUUAAACAUGCAAUGCCUGCCUCUCUUCUGAACCCAUGGGAAGGAUUAUUUGGUGGGUACGUACAAGUUACCCGAACCAAUUCAACCAAUGGAUACAAACUUGAGGUAAAAAAUGGGAUACCCAAGUUCAAUUCUUUUUCUUCAUCACUUGAAGGGGUUUUCAUUUCACCACUCAUGUUGUUUGUUCCAGCAGUGUGGGUUCUUAGCUUGUCAUUUUGUGUCCUAAAGAUGAUGAAAAGAGCCUAGGGGCUGUUGCAAUAGUGCGUGCGUUCAGGUUGUGCAGGGCCAAAUGGGCGAUGUUCUACCGACAGUUGUGUCCUUAGUCAAUGAAAGGGUAUUUUAGUAAUUAUAUGCCCUCUUUGAUUAUUUGAACUUUAAGGGUUGUACUGUUUGUAGGUGUCCUUUCUUGUGAUACGGGAAGCAGACCCAUAUCUAGAAAUGUGUAAUAUUGACUCCUUGAAGUUGAAGGAAGGGCCAUAGAAAAGUGUUUUGUAAUUAAUUAUUUUCAAAUACUAAUCAUCAAAGUCUCAAGUAAUACUCUCUCUGUCCCAUUGUAGAAAAAAAGUUCAAAAAAUAAAAUGUGGGUAGUUAA